AUGGUACGUUCUGUCUUGGUGUUAUCGCUUCUGUUUGUGGCGUUUCACAGUUCUACUGCAACAUCAAGACAAUGGUCAAGUUGGAACUCUUGGUCAAAUAACAAAGGAAGUUACAAACACAGAUGUGACGCGUAUGCUGACAUAGUAUUUGGCUAUGACGAUUCCGGAAGUAUCGGUUCUCAGGCGAACUUUAACCUUAUGAAGACUUUUAUGAAAGAUGUCGUUGGAUCAUUCUCAAACAUUGGCAUUAGUGGGACACAGUUUGGCGCAUUGUGCUUUGCGCAAAGUGUAAAGAAUCAUUUCCAUCUUAAUGCGCAUACCAGCAGUUCGGCUAUACAGAACGCUAUAAUGAAUUUUGGUGUCCGAAAAGGAAGUGCAACUGCUAUAGGAAAAGCCUUACAGUAUAUGAGAAGUCAUAGCUUUGCCAAUGGAAAUAGAAAUAUACCACCACGUGUUUCACCAGCUAAAAUCGUAAUAAUCUUAACUGACGGCCAGAACAAUGCAGGACCAGACCCAAUAGCACAGGCAGCCCUUCUCAAAGCACAAGGCGUUGUUAUUAUAGCUAUUGGUAUUGGAAACCGUGUCAGUAAAUCUCAACUCGAGGCCAUUGCCUCCAACAAACAAUAUGUAUUCACUCCAUCAAACUUCGGCGCACUCAGAACUCUUGCUGUACAAAUAGGCAGACUUACUUGCCGAGUGUGUAGAGCUGGACCUGUUGGACCUACAGGAGAAAGAGGACUACCUGGACAUAGAGGACCAGCCGGUCCACCAGGCGCAAGGGGACCACCGGGACCAAAAGGAAGUGAUGGAGACCAGGGACCAGCCGGACCACAAGGACCUGAAGGGCAUAUGGGUUCACCAGGCCCAAGAGGACCACCAGGUGACCAAGGAUCAAAAGGUGUGCCUGGAAAAGAUGGAAAAGAUGGGGAACAAGGAGCUGCUGGUCAACCAGGAGGGAAAGGUGCUACAGGGGAUCCUGGUAAGGAUGGCGAUGACGGCGAACCUGGAGACCCUGGAAGACCCGGUCCACGUGGACCACCUGGCGAACAAGGGGCAAAGGGUCAGCCAGGUCAUCCCGGAAACAGAGGCAAACGAGGUCCAGAAGGACCAGCUGGUGCAGCUGGAAGAAACGGAAACCCUGGCCCACAAGGGCCCCCAGGACCUAAAGGACCACGUGGUGAUAAAGGAGAAAGAGGUAACGUUGGACCACGGCCAUCACCAGGAAGACCAGGUCCACCUGGACCAAAAGGACCAAAAGGACCGAAUGGAAAGGCUGGAUUUAAAGGACAAAUUACAAUUAUCAUUGAAAAAGGCGGCCAAUACAGACCAGUGAAAAGUCUGAAUGGAUACUACAAAGGAGUGAUCAGUGCUGACCUUGACGCCGCCAUUAGGGCAGCAGUAAACAAAGGAUACAAGCCACCUAAAUUCGCCAUUACAAUCAUGGUACGUUUUGGUGUAGUGUUGUCCUUGUUCUUUUUGGUUUUUCACAGUAAAAUUGGAUUAUCAGAAUCUGGUAGAAGUUCCAAAUACAUAUACGGAUCGAGAUGUGAUGCAUUUGCGGAUAUUGUCUUUGCCGUUGAUGAUUCUGGAAGUAUUGGUUCCAAGACGAACUUUGAUACGAUGAAACAUUUCAUGAAAAACGUGGUAGGGUCUUUUUCAAACAUUGGAGAUGAUGGUACUCGUUUUGGUUCCAUGUGCUUUGCACAAGAUGUCGUGAACCAUUUCCAUCUAAACAAGUAUAAAACAUGUGCAACUUUACAAGCCGCUAUACUGAAACUUCCAAUCAGGAAAGGGCAUGCAACUGCUAUAGGAACAGCUCUACAGUAUAUAAGGACUGUGAGUUUGUCAGCCACAUACAGCAGAUUUGCAGCUACGAAGAUAGUAAUAAUGUUCACAGACGGCGUCAAUACUAAAGGACCAGACCCCAAAAUAGAGGCACAGAAACUUAAAAACAAAGGCGUCUUCAUUGUAGUUGUUGCUAUUGGAAACCGUGUUAACCUACCAAACUUAAGGAUGAUAGCAUCCCGAAGUGAUUUUGUAUUUAAUCCAUCAGACUUUAACCAACUUAGAGCACUUCUUGUACGGUUAAUGCGACUUAUUGGCCGAAUUAGUAGAAUAGGACAUCGUGGACCACCUGGACUGCCGGGACCGCGGGGACCUAGAGGACCAGCUGGUCCUGCCGGAUCAAGAGGUCCAAGAGGACCAGAAGGAGCGAGUGGGAUGAAGGGAAAAGUAGGCAAAGUAGGAUCACGAGGAAUAAGAGGAAAACCCGGAGGCCUGGGAAAAAGAGGGCCUAGGGGAAAACCAGGUCUUCAAGGGAACGCCGGUAGAGCUGGCAAACGAGGACUUCCUGGGCCAGCUGGACCAACAGGACCUAAAGGAAAUUCCGGCAAAAAUGGAGAUAAUGGUACACCAGGAAAUCCGGGGUCAGAUGGAAAGAAAGGGUCUGUAGGUCCCGCUGGAGGUAGAGGUCAACAAGGAGCUAAAGGCUCUAAAGGAAAGGAAGGUCCCAUUGGACCUAAAGGUCCUGUAGGUACACCAGGGGCCAAUGGCCCAAAUGGGGCAGUAGGAGAACAAGGUCCUCCGGGCAAACAGGGACAAAAAGGUAAUAAGGGACCUCCUGGACCAGCACUACCCCCAGGACCAAGAGGUCCACCAGGACCAAGAGGUGAUCCAGGGAACCGAGGCCAAAAAGGGAAAAUUGAGAUUAUCGUUGUUGAACAAAAGGGCUACCAACCAGUAAAAGAACAAAAUCAGUACCCGUACCAGUAAAGUUUAUACCUUAUAGUCUGAAAACAGGACAAACACUUGCAUGUGAUUUGGAUCGACAACAUAAAGCAGGAAGAUAUUGUCUCUAUAUCGGAUAUUAUAUUUUAAACUGUUAUAAUAAAAACA